AUGUCAACCUACUCAUACUUAGCUGAUUCCACCUACGGUAAGGACAAUGUCAAGUUUUUAAAAGUAAAGAAGUCAAAGACUGAUCCAAAAGUUCAUGAAGUUAUGGAAUGUAACGUCCAAGUGUUAUUGAAGGGUGACUUUGAAGUUUCUUACACAGAGGCAGAUAACACUCCUAUUGUUCCAACUGACACUGUCAAGAACACCAUCUUAGUUCAUGCUAGAAAAUUUGAUACUUGGCCUAUUGAAAAGUUUGCUGCUAAUUUAGCAUUGCAUUUCACUGGCAAAUACGCUCAUGUUUCGGGUAUUACCGUCAAGAUCAUUCAAGAUCGUUGGAUAAAGUAUGACGUUGAUAACAAAGAGAGUUAUCACUCCUUCAUUCACCAGGGUCCAGAAAAGAAGAUUUGUUUCCUAGACUAUGACAAGAAGAACGGCAGCAGCAGUUAUACUUUAGUGACAUCUAUUAAGGAUCUAACCGUGUUGAAAUCUACCGGAUCAAUGUUCUACGGAUACAAUGUUUGUGAAUACACCACUUUGAAACCAACUACUGACAGAAUCUUGUCAACAGAUAUCUUUGCCUCAUUGACCUGGAAUUCAGCAAAACUUGGUUCUUUGGAAACCUUGGAAGCUGGUAAGAAGGAUGACAUUUUCAACCAAUACUAUGCAUCUGCUCGUGAUAUAACAUUGGACAUCUUCGCCAAAGAGAACUCUCCAUCCGUGCAAGCAACAAUGUACAAUAUGGCUACCGCUAUUUUGAAGGUGGCACCUGAAGUUGAGCACGUCAGUUACGAGUUGCCAAACAAACAUUACAUCUUGUUCGAUUUGAAAUGGUUUAAGGGCUUGGAUAACAACAAUGAAUUGUUCUACCCAUCUCCUGAUCCAAACGGGUUGAUCAAGUGCACCGUUGGCCGUAAUCAAGCCAAGCUAUAG